AUGGGUCGUCUUGCUACAUUAUCAGAAGAACCCAUCAACGACCAAGACAACACAACAACCACAUCAAAGAAAGGAGUGAUUCACGCAUGGCGCAACUGGAACUGGAUCAAGUCUCACUUCUUCAACAAGAAACCCGACCUAAAGCUCCUCCUCAGUGUUCUCGCUUGCCCUCUCUUCCCUGUUCCUCCCCAUUCCCAAACACCACUCAAUGAGGUAUCAUCGUCGGCUCAGUAUAUUAUCCAACACUUCACGGCGGCAACAGGGUGCCGGAAGUUGGAGGGUAAGGUGAAGAAUGUGUUUGCAACGGGGAAGGUUGAAAUGGGGGUGGUGGAUGAGGUUGGAAACGCUGGAGUUUCAGAAAGAGGUUGUUUUGUGAUAUGGCAAAUGGUUCCUGAUAAGUGGCAGAUUGAGUUGGUUGUGGCUGGUCACAAGGUUGUGGCUGGUAGUGAUGGCACCGUUGCUUGGCGCCACACCCCUUGGCUCGGUGCACAUGCAGCAAAAGGUGGCGUGCGCCCUCUUCGACGCGCAGUUCAGGGACUAGACCCUUUGGCAGUGUCUGGUGUAUUCUGUGGAGCACAAUACAUGGGAGAAAAGAAAAUAUCAGGCAUUGAUUGUUUUGUGUUAAAGGUGUCAGCUGAUCAGAAGGACCUGGUUGACCGUAGUGAUAGCACUGCAGAGAUGAUAAAGCAUGUUACAUUUGGGUACUUUAGCCAGAGAAAUGGGUUACUAGUGUACCUAGAAGACUCUUACCUCACAAGGAUUCAAUCACCUGGGACACACCCCACCUAUUGGGAGACCACAAUGUCAACCAAAAUUGAGGAUUACCGAAUGGUGGAUGAUGUGAUGAUUGCACAUGCAGGCCAUUCCACUGUGAUCAUCACCAGGUUUGGAGACAAUCUAGAGACAGGACCUGCCAUCACACGGUUGGAAGAAUCAUGGACCAUUGAUGAUGUUGCUUUCAACGUCCCUGGCCUUUCCAUGGAUUGCUUCAUACCCCCUAAGGAACUCCAGAAAGACUAUCCACAAGAAGAUCUAGAUUGGAGAUCACCCUUGCUUAGACGAUCAUCAUCUUGA